CCAUGAAGCACUUCGAAAAAUGCAUGAAGAAAAAACCGGAAAAAAAGAUAAAUUUGGCUUUGCUAAAGAGGCACUUGCAGCAUUUGCUGCCGCUGAAGCGGAAAAACUCAUUGAGACGAAAG